AUGGUUCAGAGCAAUUUCACCAUGAUCAACGAGAUUCAUCUUCUGGGUUUUCCCAAUCUUUAUCAUCUCAAUAUUUUUCUCUUCAUUCUAUUUUUCAUGAUUUACCACCUUACAACAAGUGGAAACUUGCUCCUCAUAGUUGUAGUAGUCAAGGUCAGAAGUCUGCACUCUCCGAUGUACCUCUUCCUCACUCAGCUAUCCUUAUCGGACAUGAUAAUGGCCAACAGCAUAAGCCCCAUUUUGCUUCAUGUGCUGGUUGAUCAACAAACCACAGUCACCUUUGCAGGAUGCCUAGCUCAGUUUUAUUUUUUUAGUGCUUCUUUGGCCCUUGAGUCUCUCCUUUUGACCGUGAUGUCCUAUGACCGAUAUCUUGCCAUUUGUAACCCUCUACGAUAUAACACUAUCAUGAAUUACAUAUUUUGUUUAAAGCUGAUUUUAUUCAGUUGGCUAUUGAGCUUUUCUGUGAUUUUAAACCAUGUCCUGGCAAUUUCUCAUUUACAAUUUUGUGGCCCUAAUAUAAUUGACCAUUUCUUCUGUGACCUUUCUCCUCUGUUGGAGCUUUCGUGUUCCGACACAAAUCUUGUACAGAUUGAAGUAACAAUACUCACUAUUCCUAUGGCUGUGAUCCCUUUUCUGUUGAUCAUUACAUCAUAUUGUUAUAUCAUCUGCACUAUUUUAAGAAUUCCUUCAGUCAGUGGAAGGCAAAAAGCUUUUUCUACUUGCAGCUCCCAUCUCACAGUUGUGUCAAUAUAUUAUGGAACUCUUCUUUGUACAUAUAUGGUUCCGACACAAGGGCAGUCAUUAACUGUCAGCAAAGUACUGUCUCUUCUAUAUACUGUAAUGAUUCCAUUGAUUAACCCUCUCAUAUAUAGUUUGAGGAAUAAUGACAUUAGAGAAGCUUUUCAUAAAAUUUGCAGCAUACCAGAAGCUCCACAGGGAGAAACUGGGCAAGUUAGGCAAGGACAUACUAUAGGCCCUUGUGGGGCCUAG